UCUUCCACCGUCCCGCUGCAUUAAAGGAGGCAGAGAGCGGAGCAUGGGGAGCUGGGAGAGAACUUUCUACACUGACAUGCCAGCGCAAUGAACUCUGAGUAAGUGGGACGAGGCUCCCGGCGUACGGAGGUCAGGCCACUUUUGGGGACGAUUAAAUGAGCGCUUGACAUCUGUCCGGUGGGGAACCGGGACGAAGAAGCAGCAGAGUCCGAGAGAGCAGCAGCGUAGCUUCAGCCAUUUGACUUGAAAGAUGAGCUUGCUGUCUGCCAUAGACACCAGCGCCUCCGUGUACCAGCCAGCGCAACUUCUCAACUGGGUCUACCUCUCUUUACAAGACCCCCACCAGACCAGCGCCUUCGACGCGUUCAGACCCGACCCCAACUCGUCCCACCCGGACCUGAACUUCAGCAAGACCCCCGCGUCGGCGGACUUGAGCCCUUCCCUGAACUCCAACUAUCUCAACAACUACUUCCAGCUGCAGCGGAAUGAGGCCCUGAACAACAAUGUGUACAAGAACGUCUCUCCCUAUGGCUCCUUGAAUAACAUCGUGGAUGGACUCAACUCCCUGACGGACCACUUCUCAGACCUCUCCCUUUCAUCCGAGCCAAGAAAGCCCAACAAAAGACCUCCACCUAAUUACUUGUGUCAUUUGUGCUUCAACAAGGGCCACUACAUCAAAGACUGUCCCCAGGCGAGACCAAAAGGGGAAGGACUGACACCUUACCAGGGGAAGAAGAGAUGCUUUGGGGAGUACAAGUGCCCCAAAUGUAAGAGGAAGUGGAUGAGUGGCAACUCGUGGGCCAACAUGGGACAAGAAUGUAUCAAAUGUCACAUCAACGUCUACCCACAUAAACAGCGGCCCUUGGAGAAGCCAGAUGGCCUGGAUGUCUCCGACCAGAGUAAAGAACACCCUCAACACCUCUGUGAGAAGUGCAAAGUCCUAGGCUACUACUGUCGCCGCGUGCAAUAAUUCCUCUGGUCGCAGAGCAACGCUGGUGCUCAUCCCACACCAGCCGACGACUCCGGAAACUCCCUCCUGUCUCCUCCCUUCACUGCAACCUCAAACCUGAACUCUUUCCGAAAGAAUUAUUACCUAUGUCACCACCCGCGCGUGAACCACAGACGACGACAGUAUUAGAAACAAAGUGCUCUUAUUAAGGAAGCAAAAAAAAAAAAUCUGUGUUUACGUAGAAUCUUCGACGAAUCCUCGUUCUGAAAUAGAAUACCUCAUUUUGGGGUUGUUGGCUUUAUGUUUACAAAAACGCCUUCCAUUUCCCAGUGAACAUCACAGCGGGCUGGUUGACAUUCACAAGGCCUUUUUUGUCAUUUCUGUCCGAACUUGGGUCAACAGCACAUUUGAAUAACUGUGAAUGAACUGAGGGAUAAUAAUGUGGCGGACAUCCCCAGCUAACAUUUGGCCUAUUUAUUUUGCGUUUUGUCUCGAGUGCAAUUAACAAGGACAGAAAGAAAUAUUGCUUUUGUAUGCUUGUACACAACGGUAUUGUGAAACGGUGUCUUUUAGGAACUACUGUAGGUUUAGUUGCCUGACAUUAGCGCGGAUGAUAGCAUUAGCGCAUUGCUAUCUGCCUUAUCGGAGGGGGGGUAGCGAAAACAAUAAGUAGCAUCAGGAAGCGUUUUUUUUUCCCCUCAGUGCUCACAGAUAUAGUGGGUAUCUUGUAGAGUCUAAGUGCCAAACUGGACAUGCAUCCUCUUCUAGUUAUAUUCAGUGUGACUGUUCAUGCAAACUCUAUGUGCUUUAUGAUGAUCAGUGUUUUGGUAUUUCCAUGACUCCCAAUUGAUGAGUUUUUUUGAAGGCAACACAAACACUUGACUUGUCCUAUGCUUGCAGCCUGAUAGUAUUUUAACACACUGUGAUAAAUGGUUUAAACCAAAACUCCUUCAGAAGACGCUAGAACAGCCUUUAAACACGUAACUACACAAAGUUAUGCCAAAGUAUUGCAGUAGAUCUUAUGAGAACAAAACGGAACAAGCGUUUGAAUGUCAUAACCCAUUUAUUUGGCAUUUUAAAAGCAAACUGAGAAGAUGUUUUGUCCGAUGAUGGAGGUGCGACUCCACUAAUUCAAUUCAGGGUUGAUUCUUUGGCGACACGUUGAGUUCAGUGGAGUAUUUCCCUGUCGAAGUGGAGUCGCGUGGUUUCGCAGUUCUUGUUUUCUAUGAGGCGUUUGUAUAGAGUCACAUCCGGACUGGAACUGACUCGUCUUUUCAGAGUUGAGUCAGAACCGCUGAGAAUCCUCAGAGAGAAAAAAAAACAGGAGAUGGCAGAGAAGAUAUUCAAGCGCACGGUGCCUUGGCAGCAGCCUCAGCGAAGUCGGUGAAGCAAGAUGGAAACAUUUUUAGGAGCGUUCCGUCUUCCAAACUAUGCACGACAGCUGAUUGUGGUGUAAACACGGAGCGGGAGGGAGGAGGACGGGGCUGGCCCAAAACACACAUUUUUGGUCUCGCGAACGAGGAGGCAACAUACACAUGCUGUGAUUUCGGGAGGGCGGCGCCUCGCGGAUAUGUAGAAGGUCAUGGUUUAUUAAGUUUACCAUGAGCUGGCGGAUUUUUGAUGCCUGCCCCGGAGUUUGAAUACUGGACCUCAUCCGGAAGUUUUCUGCAUCAGCCUCUCAGUAAUCCUAUGUGCCUUAUACAGAGAACGUACCUGCAAAGUUUGAGAAGUUUGGACCUGGAAAUGUCAUUUAAAAGAGCCAGAGUAAGUUAAGAGAAGGACGUUGGUGUGGAAACUGGUUAACCUUAAGUACUAUAUAUGUAUGUUGGUGAGAAUGAAGUUUGUCCUUAAAAAUAACAGGUUGAUUUCUAACUAGCUCAUAGAAACUGAAGGCAGGUGUUGACUGGUGUCAGUGGGAACUGAGCGCACAACACCAGUAGCCACAACACCAUCAGACCAUUCAUUCUGAGGAUACUGGUUUGUGUUGUCCAGUUCUGAAGAAGGGCUCUCUGUUCUCCUCUAGUUGGUCAGGAGGCUGACGGAUUGUGAGUUCAACCUGAUUGUAGGAAUCUUAGUACUGGAGCACAAAAACUGUGUUCAAUCUUUGUGCUUUUGUAUGCGUUGUUUAGCUUGUUAUGCUAGCUCCUACUGAGGCGCUAGCUUGAGCUAGCUACUGUGGUAUCUUGUGCUUCAACUUAUUUGUGUGGUUUAAUAUUGUCUGUCGCUUUGGUUAAAGGAUAACAGUAAAUGUGCGUUGUAAGAGGAGACACCCGAGAUGUCGUUCGUAUCAAAUAUUUUAUAUCAGAAAGUUAGCUGUUGUCGUGCCUUUGUGUGUAGUUUGAUGACUUAAAGAUUAGACCAAACUGUGUGCACAAGUACACAAAAAAUGCAAGCACUGCAAUGACUGAAUUUAAAAAUGAUUUGGAUGAAAUUUAGAUUGGUGAAAUUUAGAAAAUACAGGGAAGAGAAAUAUGUGAAUAAGGCUCACAUGGCGCAGCACUGCGUUGUUGUUUGCUCAGGCGUUUGUAGUGAGGAAGAAGUGAAGGGUACAUGUGAGCUGGAUACGUGUUGGCUUUACUGAACAAACAAAACUAUCUUUUGUAGCGGAGAUUCGCUCGCACAGUUCCUAACUCAGGAAUCUCUCCCCCCUGACUGACUCUCAUCCUGGUUUUCCAAGGCUGUCAUCAUGAGACCUGGUUUCUUCUGAUCGUUUUAUAUCAUUACCUUCACGCGUCAAUGGGUGUGAUUUGCUUCCCUUGGUCUCAAGGUUCACGUUUAAAUAGCUGGAAACAUCUCAGUAUUCCCUACUCGAUCGCUCAUGAACAUGCUAGCUUCAGUUGGGGCUCCCCCAAAUGCUGAGGUCCCACUCCCAAGCUCCGGGAUGCAUCUCAGUAGGGUUUUUACUACUCCUUCACUUUGAAAACGUACCUCACUCCACUGAAUAUCAAGUGGUCCGGACCAGUGAAAAGCUCAUUGCAACCAGCAUCCAAAACACAGACCCACAACUGAGCCCUGUCUGGUGGAGCAGGAAUUGCUCUUCUCUUUCCACCCAGUAACAACCUGGCCCCGGAGCAUGAGUUUUUGUAAACAUUGGGAACAUUUUAAUAUUCUUCACAGAACACAAAUUGGUAACAGAAAGGUUCUUUUAAGAUGAAGUUCCGAGAAAUGUCAUGACGACUUCCUGACACAGUGAAUUUCAUAGGGCGACACAAUUGUCAGCAGAAAUUGUCAGUUAACUUUUGUUAAUAAGAUGUUUAAGUCAUCAAUGGUUUGGUAAAACAUAAUAGUUGGUCGUGAGGAAAUACAGAACUGAAAAUGUGGAAAUGAUCAUUCAAUUUGAAGGGACAGCGCUAUAAGGGAACCCUGGGUUUUAACCUCUUCAUGGCUUCAACCUUGGAUUUCUGCUCAUAUCAGUGGCACUAGAAAUGAAACGCUUUGAUUCAUAGAGUGAAUUAAAUAUGGCCAUUCUGUUUUAGUGUGAAUAUGAAAGGUUAUCCUGGCUGACAACCAGGUAGGCGCACUAGAUGUUCAGAAACAGACUGAUCCAGGACCAGAGCAGGAAGUCAAAAUUGGAAUUUCUCGUAACAGUGUUGACAUCAAUUUGAACUCUACCAACGCAGGUUAGUGUGGUGAAAAGGAGCAGUGGCCCCUCACCGAUGACCCUCAUGUGACCUUCAUGGCUAACUUUACCGGCAUUUAUGGUUAUUAGUGAGUUAGUGAGCAAGACUGGCCAGACCCCUCCCCCCACCCACUGUCAUAUCGCCCUGACAUCAACAGGGUUGUUUGGAGGCCUCGUGACAGCAACAGUGUCAACGUGAUUGACAAGAGUGAGACGGGAGAUGUAGCGAUAAACCGUGCGAUCGGGUCAAUUGAAAUGGCAAAACCACCGAAUUGAAAAAAAAAAAAAAAAAAAAGCCUUGGAUCACAUUAUACUUGACUUUUCUAGUUUUCAGUACAAAUUUUCUACAAAACAAGAUGUGUAUUUUAGAACACGAGUUAGAUGUUGACAUUUUUUUAAAGCAAUCUGCAAAAGCUCCGGAGAUAUUUCCCCGACGACGUUUGUAUAUAUUUGAUGUCCGUGGACGAUGAGUGAAGAAGGGCCUAUUUGUUGAACUGGGAGUCUUUUUGUUUUUGUUUUUUUUUGGUUAAUGUUUUACAAUAACCGAAGGUAUUAUCCUGCAGAAAUAUUUAUGGAAGAAUUUUUUACAACUCUUAUUUUGUAUAGAAUAUGCACAGAAGUUACACAACGAAGGAAAUAUUGAUGUCGACAUAGAAUAUUAUUAAAAAAAAUGUUGGUACAUACAUUUAAAAGCCAUUGUAUUAUUUGUUUCUUGUUAUGAAAUAACCCACAGUGUUCAUCCUUUGAUAAACAUUGAUGAUAUAUAUAUACAUAUAUAUAGAAAUCUAUGUCUGAUUAAUCACAUGUAUUCAUUUUAACGUGUUAACAUGCAGAUUUGUUCUAUUUACUGAUGGAUACUCACCACUGUUUAUUAAACUGUGACAUGUAGUUUGCUGGAAACAGCGACAACAAGAAACUAUUAUAAAAAUGUAGAGUGUGUGUGAGACAAAGAACUAUUUUACAGUUUGCAUGUGCAUGUGUUUGGUUUCUCAAGAGUUACUAUGUGCAAUGUAAACUUUAUUUAAAUAGGUAAUGGUAGUUUUUUUUUCUUUUUCUUUGCCCUGAAGUAUUUCAUUUCCCGCUAUGGUCGCCUCUAGGAAUACUCAUUUACUGAAUGUAGCGUGUUUCGUGGUCAAGUGUGUUUGCGUUCUCUGCCGUCUUUGUCACUUGCGAUGUUUGUAAUGGAAUAUUUCAAUAAUGUCAUAACUACAAUGGACAGAAGGCAGGCGUGAGGGUGGAGAGCGUGCCUUCCACCGCACGUCUGUUUCUCAUGUCCAUGAAACGGCAUUCCAAAAUGUGCCUUAUUUGUUAGUUGGGAAAGCGUUUUAAGUGCUGUCAAGAGUUUGAUGAAUAAAAGUUAUAUUGAAUUAGGAAGGAUGGUUUGUGUGGUUUUAUUUGUUUGAGUGGGCGCAAUUGUUGUUACCAGAAACUGGGAGGCGUUUGCUUUCUGUCAGAAUCAACUAAACUGUUUUCUGGGAGUUUCUGUCUGGGACGUGUUUCAGGAAGUCUUUGUGUUCAAAUGUUAAAUACGCGUGCA